GUUUACUUUCACUCAUUCAAAAUGAUGAUUUUAGGAUGGAUGAAAUUGAGAUUUGGAAUAAUUUAAUAAAAUGGGCCAUUGCAAAAAAUCCAACUGUAAGUUCUUAUAUAUCUAUUUGGAAUUCAAAGGAAAUUGAGAUUUUUAAGAAAACAAUUCAACAAUUUAUUCCACAUAUUAGAUUUUUUCAAAUUCCACCAGAUGAUUAUUAUGAUAAUGUGCAUCCUUUGUCUGCACUUUUACCAGAAAAACUUGAAAAAGAUAUUAAUUUAUAUUUUAUAGAUCCAGAAAUACCAAUAAGUUCAAAAAUAUCACAACCAAGAAUUCUCAUAGAUUCAUUAAUUAUUAAGAUGGAUCAUAUUUAUCAAAUUGCUCAUUGGAUUGAUGAUAAGUUAGGCAAGAAAUCUCAUUCAUUAAAAAAUCUUCAAUAUGAUUUCAACUUGCUUUUACGUGGAAGUAGAGAUGGUUUUGGUUUGGAACCUUUUAAAGAAAAGUGUUAUAAUAAAGGAGCUACAAUUGUAAUAAUUAAAUUGAAAGACAAAGAUGGAAGAAUUAUUGGAGGUUAUAAUCCGUUAAAUUGGAGUGGAUCUGAUGAUUAUCUUUCAACAUAUGGAAGUUUUAUUUUUUCAUUUCAGUCAAUUAUAGAUUCAUCAACAACCAUAUUAAGUAGAAUCAGAAAUGAAAGGAGUGCAAUAUAUGAUUCAAAAGAUGAUAAACUUGGUUUUGGUCGUGACCUUCGAAUAUUUAAUAGAACAUGUGUUUUCACAAAUUAUGAAAGGAAAAUAAUUACGCCUAGAACUUUUAAUGUUGAAGAUUAUGAAGUAUUUGAAGUUGAACGAAUUUAAAAUAAUGGUCAACGUGUUUUUAUAUAUAUAUAUAUAAUAUAUAUUUU